AUGCCCGUGGAGGAGGACAGGUUAGGGCACUAUUUGGUAUACGCUACUGGUGGCAUUGGGGGACGGAGGCUUUUCUGGCUUUGCCUGCCCAGCUGCUCCAUGCCAGGAGGAGGAGGAGACACCCAGAGCCUGCGACACCACAGCUCGCCUCACUGCGGGUGGGUGGCAGCGACGGAGACUGCAGUGCGCCAGAGCGGUAGGAGAGUGGCCGCGCUAGGAGGGCAGGCGGCUGCAGCCGGGGUUGGGGGUCAGCCUUACAGCGAUGGAUGGGCUGCAGCAGUGGCCAGGCGCCCUGGGCCUGAAGUGGACUUGGAGGUGUCCUGGCCCCGGUAUGACCCUGGCCCUGCCCCUGCCCUUGCCCUUGCCCUGGCACUGGCCUUGGACAUGUCCAUGGUCGUAACCCUGGCCCUGCCCUGGAGCUGCCACUGUCUUGGCCCUGCCCUGGCUCUGGCCCUGCCCCGGCCCUGGCUCUGGCCCUGCCCCGGCCCUGGCCCUGCCCCUGCCCCAGCCAUAGACCUGCCCUGGGACAUGGAUGAAGCUGACAACCAUCAUUCUCAGCAAACUAACAGAAGAACAGAAAACCAGACAUCGCUGUUUUCACUCGUGUCCAGUGUGAGGUGCAGCUGGUGGAGUCUGCGGGAGGCCUUGGUACUGCCUGGGGGGUCCCUUAGACUCUCCUGUGCAGCCUCUGGAUUCACUUUCAGUAACGCCUGGAUGAGCUGGGUCCGCCAGACUCCAGGGAAGGGGCUGGAGUGGGUUGGCUGUAUUAAAAGCAAAGCUAAUGGUGGGACAACAGACUACGCUGCACCUGUGAAAGGCAGAUUCACCAUCUCAAGAGAUGAUUCAAAAAACACGCUGCAUCUGCAAAUGAACAGCCUGAAAACCGAGGACACGGCCGUAUAUUACUGUACCACAGACACAGAUUCCAUGGCCACAGUCUGGACAGUGGAUGAGCCCACCAGCCCCAGCACUGACCUCCAAGCCAAGCAUGUCCCUGCCUUUGCUGUGGUCUCCAGUGCCAUGAACUCAGCCGCUGUCCUGGGCACCAGCCCAUCUUCCCCGACCUUCACCUUCACCCUCGGACGGCAUUACUCGCAGGACUGCAGCAGCAUCAAGGCUGGCCGCCGCUCCUCCUACCUGCUGGCCAUCACCACGGAGCGCUCCAAGUCCUGCGAUGAUGGACUCAACACCUUCCGCGAUGAGGGCCGGGUUCUGCGGCACCUGCCAAACCGCAUACCCAGCCUGCCGUUGCUCCGGAGCUUCUUCACAGACGGGUCCUUGGAUAGCUGGGGCACCUCUGAAGAUGCUGACGCUCCUUCUAAGCGACACUCAACCUCUGACCUCUCAGAUGCGACCUUCAGCGAUAUCAGGAGAGAAGGCUGGUUGUAUUAUAAGCAGAUUCUCACCAAGAAGGGGAAGAAAGCGGGCAGCGGCCUGAGCCAGUGGAAGCGAGUGUACGCCGCGCUGCGGGAGCGCUCGCUCUCGCUGAGCAAGGAGCGGCGGGAGCCCGGGCCGGCAGCGGCGGGGGCUGCGGCGGCCGGCGCAGGUGAGGACUAGGCGGCGCCCGUCUGCAUCGGCUCCUGCCUCGUGGACAUCUCCUACAGCGAGACCAAGAGGAGGCACGUGUUCCGGCUGACCACCGCUGACUUCUGUGAAUAUCUCUUUCAGGCUGAGGACUGGGAUGACAUGCUGGGCUGGAUCAGAGCGAUCCGGGAGAACAGCAGGGCCGAGGGCGAGGACCCCGGCUGUGCCAACCAAGCUCUGAUCAGCAAGAAGCUUAAUGAUUAUCGCAAAGUGAGCCAUAGCUCUGGGCCCAAAGCUGAUUCCUCCCCCAAAGGCUCUCGCGGCCUGGGGGGCCUCAAGUCUGAGUUCCUCAAGCAGAGUGCAGCACGUGGCCUCAGGACUCAGGACCUGCCCGCAGGGAGCAAGGAUGACACUGCUGCAGCCCCCAAAACCCCCUGGGGCAUCAACAUCAUCAAGAAAAAUAAGAAGGCUGCCCCAAGGGCAUUUGGGGUCAGGCUGGAGGAGUGCCAGCCAGCCAUGGAGAACCAGCACGUCCCCUUAAUUGUGGCUGCAUGCUGUCACAUUGUGGAGGCACGAGGGCUGGAGUCCACAGGCUUUUACCGAGUGCCCGGCAACAAUGCAGUGGUGUCCAGCCUACAGGAGCAGCUCAACCGUGGGCCUGGUGACAUCAACCAGCAGGAUGAGCGCUGGCAAGACCUCAAUGUGAUCAACAGCCUGCUCAAGUCCUUCUUCCGAAAGCUGCCCGAGCCUGAUGACAAAUACAACGACUUCAUCGAGGCCAACUGCAUUGAGGACGCGCGGGAGCAGAUGAGGACGCUGCGGAAGCUGAUCCGGGAUCUCCCAGGACACUACUUUGAAAUGCUCAAAUUCCUUGUGGGCCAUCUCGAGACCAUCGCUGACCACUCUGAGAAAAACAAGAUGGAACCCCGGAACCUGGCCCUGGUCUUUGGGCGGACACUGGUGAGGAUGUCUGAGGACAACAUGACAGACAUGGUGACCCACAUGCCUGACCGCUACAAGAUCGUGGAGACACUGAUCCAGCACUCAGACUGGUUCUUCAGUGACGAAGAGGACAAGGGAGAGAGAGAGUAAACCCCUGUGGGCAACAAGGAGCCUCAGGCAGUGCCCAACAUUGAGUACCUCCUGCCCAACAUUGGCAGGACAGUGCCCCCUGGUGACCCGGGGUCAGAUUCUACCACCUGUAGUUCAGUCAAGUCCAAGGUACGUAUGAAGGCAAUUCUGAAGGCUUGAUCCCUGUACAAGCCAGCCCACUUUGGUUUUUGUUCAAGGGAAUUGAGGGAAUGGCAAUUGGACCGUGGGGAAAGUUGAUGGUCCCUGGGAGGGAAGGCAGGAGGUACCGAGUGCCCAAGGUAAGCUGAGAAGUUGCUUACCUUGGCAGUGUUUGGUGAGGCAUCUGCUGUAGUAGAAGGACCUGGCCUGGGAGUUAUGUGGCUAGGAGGCAAUGUCACUCAGUAGUUAGAAGCACAGACUCUGGAGUCAGACAGUCCUGGGUUUGAGUUCUGGCUCCACCAUUUAGUAGUUUGGGACAUUGGGCAAGUUACUUAACCACUUUCUGAUCCUUAGCUUCCUCAUCUAUAAAAUGGGAAUAUCAGUAAAUCUGUGGGGUGCUAUAAUAAAUAAAACAGAUAUCCUUUAAGGUCUUUGGAGAGCCUAAAGCAACCAGAAGGAAACAAAGAGAGGAGCAGAAAU